AUGUCCAUCCGCGGCGUGUGGCAGCUCCUGCGACUGAACGUGUCGUACUGCGACGUCGAGGGCUCGUCUCGGGCGCUCAGGGCGUUCGUGAAGGACGGCAAGCUCGCCGCGUUCGCCGCGCGAUACCCGCACGUGGAGGUGACCACGGAGACGCGCCGGGGGCUUCACCCGCACAUGCGCGGGGAGUUUCGAAGCGGCGAGACGAAGGACGUGUCGCUCAGGAGGUUCGACGAGUCCGAGAUCUUGUUUCAGCUGCGGUACAUCGUCAGCGAGAAGGGGAUGAAGAACGCGGCGAAGAACUCGAUCCGCGGCGAUCGGAAGAUGACGAAGACGCCGAGCGUGCAGGGGAAGUGGCGACCGGGGAUGUGGGAGCGAGGCGCGGGGGGUGGGGCCGCCGCCGCCGCCGCGGGAGGGGUCGCGUCGUGA